AAGCAGUGUUGAAGCGCCCUUACAUGAGCUAAACUCUCAAAGGGCACAUUACAGUACGCUGACAAACAUACUGGCAUUGUUCUCCACUUGAAACAGGUGGUUUAGGGGAUUUUUGGGGGGAAUACAAAAGGAUAAUACAAAAGCAAGGAAUAAAAGACAAAUUACUCAACGUGCCAAGGAUUUUAAGUAGGAGCUACACAAAGUUUGAGGAAGACAUCUGGAAACAUCUGGAGUUAGACACAAGUGGGCCAAACAAACAAACAAAGAAUGUUUGAUGGAUAAAAAGUUCCCCAGAAUUGUGGAUUAAAGAAUGAAAGAUUGAGAGGUGGACUGCAGAUCAUUUUUCCACUGAGGAUCUUGUUCCUUGCGUUGGAUCAGGUUGAUGUUUGCCAGCCGACUUUGAGGAACGGCAGGUGUGGGGUGUUUUUCCCCUCAUCCUUCUGAAGACAGAUUAGACUGAAAACAGGUCUGAUUAUUUGGUUCUCUUCUCAAAUUUCAAUGACUACCAAUCCUGCCCUUUCUCUUAACUACUUUCAACAUCCUUCAAAUGUACUUUUUUAAAGGGAGCCAUUUCUAAGACCAACGUUUUGUUUUUCAUCAGAUCAUAAAAAAAGUUGUAAUUAUACCUUUGCUUUCAUUUUUGUUUUCUGUGUGUGUCGCAUGAGUAGAGUCGUGUUAUGGUAGAAGAGAAAAGACAAGCAGUGGUUGGGAGAUUAAAGUAAUAGAAAGGGCGAAGAGGGGAGAUAAACAGAGGGAAUUAAAGAAAGUAAACAUCUCUGUGUCUACCGUUGAUCUAAACAUCUCCCAUCACAAAUCACAGAAGUGCAUUUUGUUAGUGACCGAUCCGUGAUACUUGUAAGACAGUUUGGCAUACACAGACAGACGGGACAUGCAAAUUGUCUGAGACACACACACACCACAGAGGGACUGUUACUGUAUAUGUGCACUUUGGUGUGCGUUGCAGAGUACUAUCUGCUCUUUUGUGGAUUGAAGGCCAAAAGAACAUAGACCAACCGAAGACUUGUAAGUUAGAAAUAAAGAAAAUAUAAAAGCACCCGGGUAGAGCUUCUUCCACUAUGUCAGCGGACACCUUGAAAGAUCUAUCUCAAACCACAGAGAGCUUGGACAGACCAGAUGCCUCCAGAAUGUACAUCUACACCCACGCCUGCCCAUGCACAGGAAGAAGACGCAUCCGUGGCAACAACAACAGUACCUACAGACACCCUCUCCAACUCCCGCUCUUCCCUGUGGCUCUCAUCCUCGUCCCCUUGCUGCUCUGUCUCUGGGGCCACCAGGCCCAAGGAGUCGUCCACUCCAGCUUCCGCCGCCUCAGCAGCCGAGAGAAGAAAGAGAUGCAGAGGGAGAUCCUGUCCAUCCUGGGUCUACCAGGUCGGCCCAGACCCCAUCCUCCCCUCCGACCGCCCUCCUCAGCCCCCCUCUUCAUGCUGGACCUGUACCACGCUGUGUCGGCCGAGGGGGAUGAGGGAAACGGAAUAGGGAAUGAGGUAGGGGGACUGGGGUUCGGUGGUCUGGACGGGUUGACGGGCCACGUCAGCCAUGCUGCACUGCCUACUCUCAGCACACACAUGCCGCCGCUGGGGACGGUGGUCAGUGAGGCCGAUACGGUCAUGAGCUUCGUUAACCUGGUGGAGCAGGAGCGGGACCUGCUGCAGCCACGGCCGUACUGGAAGGAGUUCCGUUUUGACCUGACGCCCCUCCCCCAGGGGGAGACAGUCACGGCUGCAGAGUUCCGCAUUUAUAAGACCCUGACCAUGGGCCAGAGGGCCAACCGCACCCUGCACAUCUCCGUCUACGAGAUCCAACGGGAGAACAAACACAGAGAGCCAGAGCUGGUGCUGCUGGACAUGCAGUCAGUGCCCGCGGGGCAGGAGGGCUGGCUGGCUUUUGACGUGACAUCUGCCAGCAACCGUUGGCUCCUGCACCCCCGCAGCAACCUGGGAAUCCGGCUUUAUGUGGAGACAGAGGAGGACCGGUCCUUGUCAGCUGGGUGGGUAGGCUUGGUGGGUCGAAGGGGCCCCCGCUCCAAACAGCCCUUCAUGGUGACCUUCUUCAGGGCCAGCCAGGCCCCCUGUCGCCCCCCACGCGCCCUGAAACCCAACCCCCGCAAGAGGAAGCCCAAAUAUGACCUGCCCCUGCCCAGUAUACAUGGUGAGGUCCUACAAGAUCACAGCCACGUCAACAGUGGGCGUCAGGCUUGUAAGAGACAUGAAUUAUAUGUGAGCUUUAGUGACCUAGGCUGGAAGGACUGGGUCCUGGCUCCUACGGGUUACUCUGCUUUCUACUGUGAUGGAGAAUGCCUCUACCCUCUGGGUUCCUGCAUGAACGCCACCAACCACGCUAUGAUCCAACUAGUGGUUCACCUUUUGAAGCCAGAUGAGGUUCCCAAAGCGUGCUGCGCACCCACCAAGCUCAGUCCCAUCUCUGUACUCUUCUACGACGACAACAACAAUGUGAUCCUAAAGAAGCAUCGCAACAUGGUGGUCAAGACCUGUGGAUGUCUGUGACAUCUGUGGUGGCCCAUCUAUUCUACAUCAUUUUAAUAAACCUCACUACCAUUGUUCCAAAAGAUACAAACAGGGUAAUAUACCUUGCAGCCAGGAGUUAAUAUCAAUAAUCUGGCAAUAUGAGGAUAAAUAGUAUGUAUCUACACUGAACAAAAAUAUAAAUGCAACAUGCAACAAUUUCAACGAUUUUACUGAGUUAUAGUUCAUAUAAGGAAAUCAGUCAAUUAAAAUAUGUUCUUUAGGCCCUAAUCUAUGGAUUUCACGACUGGGAAUCCAGAUGUGCAUCUGUUGGUAACAGAUACCUUUUUAAAUGAAGAUAGGAGCGUGGAUCAGAAAACCAGUCAGUAUCUGGUGUGACCACCAUUUGUCUCAUGCAGCAGGACACAUUUAAUUUAAUACAUUUUUGUUCUUUUUUUAUUUAACUAGGCAAGUCAGUUAAGAACAAAUGUUUAUUUAAAAUGUCGGCCUACCCCGGCCAAACCCAACGACGCUGGGCCAAUUGUGCGCUGCCCUAUGGGACUCCCAAUCAUGACUGGAUGUCAUGCAGCCUGGAAUCGAACCAGGGACUGCAGUGACACCUCUUGCACUGAGAUGCAGUAACUUAGAACGCUGUGCCAUUCGGGAGCCCACAUCUCCUUAGCGUAGAGUUGAUCAGGCUGUUGAUUGAGGCCUGUGGAAUGUUGUCCCACUCGUCUUCGUUGGUUUUUUAAAGUCGCGGGAACUGGAACACGCUGUCGUGCACAUCGAUCCAGAGCAUCCUAAACAUGCUUGUGAGUAUGCAGGACAUGGAAGAAUUGGGAGAUUUUCAGCUCCCAGGAAUUGUGUACAGAUCCUUGCGAAAUGGGACCUCGCAUUAACAUGCUGAAAUAUGAGGUGGUGGCGGCAGAUUACUGGCACAGCAAUGGGCCUCAGGAUCUCAUAGCGGUAUCUCUGUGCAUUCAAAUUGUCAUCGAUAAAAUGCAAUUGUGAUCGUUGUCCGUAGCUUAUGCCUGCCUAUACCGUAAACCCACUGCCACCAUGCAGCACUCUGUUCACAACAUUGACAUCAGCAAACCGCUCGCCCACGCGACACGGGAUUCAUCCUUGAAGAGCACACUUCUUCAGCGUGCCAGUGGCCAUCGAAGGUGAGCAUUUGCCCACUGAAGUCAGUUAUGAUGCCGAACUGCGGUAAGAUCAAGACCCUGGUGAGUACGACAAGCACGCAGAUAGCCUUCCCUGUGACAGUUUCUUACAGUUUGUGCAGAAAUUUUUCAGUUGUGCAUUCCCACAGUUUCUUCAGCUAUCCAGGUGUCUGAUCUCAGACGAUCCCGCAGGUGAAGAAGCCGGAUGUGGAGGUCCUGGGCUGGCGUGGUUACACGUGGUCUGCGGUUGUGAGGCCAGUUGGAUAUUCAGCCAAAUUCUCUAACGACAUGGUAGAGAAAGGAAUAUUAAAUUACUUUGCAACAGCUCUGGUGGCCAUUCCUGCAGUCAGCAGGUGGAUGGAUUAUGUUGGAAAAGGAGAAAUGCUCACUAACAGGGAUGUAAACAAAUUGGUGCACAACAUUUGAAAAAAAUACUAUUUUUGUGCAUAUAGAACAUUUCUGGGAUCUUUUAUUUCAGCUCAUGAAACAUGGGACCAACACUUUAUAUGUGGCGUUUAUAUUUUUGUUCAGUAUAAUAUAUUGAUUUUGAGUAUGAGAAUGGUAUAUGAAUAACACACAUUGCCUCCUUCAUAAAGAAGGAUCUUCACAUUCGACUUAUAACCAUACUAAACUCUUAAACUAUUCAAAUCUACAGUAAUUCAGAUAAUUCCAUCACCUUUUGUCAAUUAUUCUAUGUAUCCAAUCAAAGCUGUAAAGUACUGUGACAUAAGUGCAAUGCUAAAUUUCUACCCUUUUGAUGGCUAUGUUGUCUUGUUGAACCAUGAAUUUCUCAUUGUCUCUUUUAGAUGUACUACACAUGGUUCAAUUAAAACACUAAACAUAUGGACCAUAA